AUGGACAUCUACAAGGAAGUGGUGAACCGAAAAACGAUACCAACUGCCGCCGACCCCGAUGCGCUUUUUCGGUAUCACGCAGAGCGGCUGACAGCGUCGGCCAUCACACAGACGUAUCAUUACAUGAUAGAGAGUGGUCUGGAGUAUGGUCUGCUCACCACUGGUGAAGCGAUCGUGUUCCUCAAGGUUGACUGGGGCGAUCCAACGACGCUGUAUUACCACCUAGCUGAACCUGCUCACGAGGCGACCCCGGAGAAAGACGGGGACAUGGGCAAGACGAGCGUGACCGGGCUCGCACAGGUCUGA